AUGGAGGAGACCAACACAACAAAGCUCCCUCUGAGCUACAUAACUUCUGGAUAUGUGGACUAUGGGGAAAAUAUUGAAUAUGAAUGCUCAGGACUACCUUAUGGACUGAUAAUCUUUGCAGGUGUCUGUAUAGGGAUUUCUGUCUGUGGACUUGUGGGGAAUGGAAUAGUCCUGUGGUUCCUGGGCUUCCACACAAGGCAGAACCCUUUCACUGUCUACAUCCUAAACCUAGCUGUUGCUGAAUUCUCUCUGCUCCUCUCAUUUCUUCUGCUCAUAUUGGCAAUUUUCAGCUCAACAGCAAUUUGUUCAUAUAUGAAUAAUUUUUAUUCUUCCUACAUACAUUUUGUAGUUGUAGUUGAAUUUCUGUGUGACUUCUUUGACCUUAGCAGCCUUGGUCUCUUGACAGCAGUCAGCGUGGAGCGGUGUAUCUCUGUCCUCUUCCCAAUCUGGUAUCGCUGCCACCGCCCAAAGCAUUUAUCAGGUGUUAAACGAUGCCCAGGGAAACUCUAUAUUGCUGUUCUUAUCAACGGGAUCUUCUUCCUUGCCCUUGGUAUUCCUUUCAGCCUAGAGUUUUUCCUCAGCCUUCCCAGUUCACACAAGUUGUUUUCUGAAAAUACAUAUUUUCUGCUGGCGUUGCUGAACUGCAGCAUCAAUCCAGUCAUAUACUUCCUAGUGGGAAGCUGCCGGCAGUGCCGGUUCCAAGGCUCUGUGAAAGUCGCCUUGCGCCAAGUGUUUGAAGAGAAAGUGGUGAGUGAGGAGGAGACCAAUGUGCCUGAGGACACUACGGUGGAGAGCACUGUAUAA